AUGACUCACACCCUGAUUGUUAUCUCUUUACUCUCCUACCAUUGGGGAGAAGCUGGUCUACAAGGACCCAUCGGAGCAGCAGGUGUAAGAGGUUUCCAGGGUCGUAGAGGAUCAAGUGGGGAGCUGGGCCGACCUGGUGCCACGGGGCUACGGGGUGAAUCCGGCGAGCAGGGUCCUACUGGCAUUUCGGGACCCAAAGGCAACCAGGGCAUUGCUGGAGCAGAUGGGCUACCUGGAAGUAAAGGAGAACUGGGCCAUGUCGGACCUCCUGGGCAGAAAGGAGAAGCUGGGCAGAGAGGAGAGCCUGGCCCAAAAGGAGCCCACGGCCCAAAUGGAACUGUUGGGCUGCCAGGAAUUCCAGGCCAUGCUGGCAAAAUGGGUUUUCAAGGAGAGCAAGGAACCCCUGGGAUUAUGGGGAAACCAGGCCUUCCGGGAAAAGAAGCGAGUGAAGAACGCAUCCGAGAACUCUGCGAUGGAAUGAUCAGCGAGCACAUUGCCCAGCUAGCUGCUAAUUUAAGGAAACCCUUGGCUCCUGGAUUCAUGGGGAAGCCUGGGCCCGUUGGCCCUCCGGGACCUCCUGGGUCAAUGGGAAGCAUUGGACAUCCUGGGGCUCGUGGCCCACCUGGAUAUAGGGGACCCCCAGGGCAUUUAGGAACUCCUGGUUCCAGAGGGGACCCUGGUGAGAAGGGAGACAAAGGGCUCGUUGGCAAAGGCAUUGAUGGGCCUGUUGGAGAUCAAGGACCACAAGGAGCACCAGGUGUUCCUGGAAUUAGGAAAGAUGGUCGGAAUGGUGCACCCGGUGAUCCUGGGUUACCAGGGGAUCCUGGAAGGCCAGGUUCGGCUGGAGCACAAGGAACUCCAGGACUCUGCGAUACAUCUGCCUGUAUGGGAGCUGCUGCUAGAGGGAAAUUCAAGAAAGCGUAAAUCUGCAUGAAGCUGAAUGAAUGAAGUGAGGAAAAGGAACACGACAUUCAAUGGAAUUGUUACCAGAAGAGAAUAUUUGUAGCUCAGGGUGGAAACUGCAGG